GCGGGACUUUCGACGCCAGUUUCCUGUGUACAACGAAACGCGGGAGAUUCAGGAGACGUAGAUCAACAUUGAGUAGUCUUCAGGCAGAGUUUUUGUCAAAAUGCCUUGUGAAAGGAAGCCUAUGCGUUACGGGCAUUCAGAGGGACACACAGAAGUCUGCUUCGAUGACACUGGGACGUUCAUUGUGACCUGUGGACACGAUGGUGAUGUUCGGAUAUGGGAGAAUCUAGAUGAUGACGAUCCAAGGUUCAUCACUGUUGGCGAAAAAGCUUAUUCAUUGGCACUCAAGAAUGGCAAGCUCGUGACAGCAAGUUCCAAUAACACCGUGCAGAUUCACACGUUUCCUGAUGGUGAUCCGGACGGCAUCCUUACUCGGUUCACUACCAACGCCACACACGUCACGUUCAACUCCAGUGGAUCCAAAGUUGCUGUCGGCUCCAGUGACUUUUUGGUUAAAGUGGUGGAAGUAUCAGACAGCAGCCAGCAGAAAACCCUCCGGGGCCAUGAAGCACCUGUCCUCAGUGUCACCUUUGACCCUAAAGAUGAGUUUCUGGCGUCUGCCAGCUGCGAUGGCUCAGUCAUUGUGUGGAAUAUUGAGGAGCAGGCACAGGUGAUCAGCUGGCCUCUGCUGAAGAAAACUAAUGACGUCAGCAAUGCAAAAUCAUUAUGUCGCCUGGCCUGGCAACCUCACACAGCAAAGUUUUUGGCAGUUCCCGUGGAGACCAAAGUUCACCUGUAUGAGAGAGGGUCCUGGAAUCAUGUGAGCACCCUGUCAGAUGAUCUGCUGACUCAGCCCAUCAAUGUGGCAGCAUGGUCUCCAUGUGGAAACUUCCUUGCUGCUGCCAGCAUUGGGGGUUUCAUAACAGUAUGGGACAUUGAAAGCAAACUGUGUGUUGAGCGGCAGAAGCACGAGAAGGGCUUCACGGUGUGCGAUUUAGCCUGGCACCCAUCCGGCAAACAUAUUGCUUACACAGACAAUGAGGGCUGUCUGGGCCUGCUGGAGGGUUUCAGUGCAUCUGGGUCUAAAACCAUCUCUUCUAAGGCGACUGGAGAAAAAGGAGAGAAAGGCUACGAAGAUCUAUUUGAUGAAGAUGAUGACCGGGUCAUGGAUGAAGGAUUGAGUGAUGCUAACUCCCCUGCGAAGAAAACAUUCAGUGCGGUCAAUGAAGAUGAGGAGGACGAUGAUGACGAUUUUGUCAUACCUGCAACAGGGCGGGUAAAGAACAGAGGAGGAGCCAUACUGGAUGAUGAAAAUUCACUUGAUUCAGGCUCGUUAAGGCCAGCUAAAUUUGGAGAUGACGAUGAUGCUGACAGUGCCAUGAUGACUGCAGCGCCUCUGCCUGCGGCCUUGCGCCCGGUCUAUGAAGGGCCGCAACCAACGCCACCCCAAAAAGCUUUUCAACCAGGCUCCACUCCUAUCCACCUCACUCACCGCUUUAUGAUGUGGAACUCUGUAGGGACAGUGCGAGGCUACAAUGACGAGCAGGACAAUGCCAUCGAUGUGGAGUUUCACGACACGGCUGUGCACCACACCAUGCACUUCACUAACACGCUGGGCCACACAAUGGCUGAUGUUUCCCAGGAGGCAGUGCUCCUCGCCUGCCCCAGCUCAGAUGAGCUAGCAAGUAAAAUACACUGUCUUCACUUCUCAUCAUGGGACACCAACAAGGAGUGGAUGCUUGACUUGCCCAAAGGGGAGGACGCAAAGGCAUUGUGUCUUGGUCAAGGCUGGGCGGCAGUCGCCACAAACGCACUCAUGGUCAGGCUAUUCUCCAUCGGAGGAGUUCAGAGAGAAAUCUUCAGUCUACCGGGAGCUGUCGUUUGCAUGGCAGGACAUGGAGAGCACUUGCUCAUUGUAUACCACAGAGGGACCGGUUUCGACGGGGAGCAGGCACUAGCCGUGCAGCUCCUGCAGUUUGGUCGGAAACAAAGGCAAAUCAUCAAUGGGGAACCUCUCCCGAUCUCUCACAAAUCUUAUCUAUGCUGGCUUGGAUUUACCGCUGAGGGUACCCCAUGUUACGUGGAUUCUGAUGGGGUGGUACGAAUGCUGAACCGCUCCCUGGGCUUGACUUGGACACCAGUGUGCAACACGAGAGAGACGUGCAAAAGCAAAUCAGACCACUACUGGGUAGUUGGUGUGCAUGAGAACCCUCAGCAACUCAGGUGCAUACCUUGUAAAGGCUCGAGAUAUCCCCCUACCCUGCCCAGACCGGCUGUGGCCAUCUUGCCUUUCAGGUUGCCUCUAUGUCAAACAACCACUGAGAAAGGACAGAUGGAGGAACAGUUCUGGCGUUCCAUGCUCUUCCACAACCACUACAGCUUCCUGUCCUCCAGCGGCUAUGAAGUCGAUGAGGUUGGACAGAGUCAGUCACAGAAAGAGCAGCAGGAGCUGCUGAUGAAGAUGUUUGCAUUGUCAUGUAAGUUGGAAAGAGAGUUUCGUUGCGUUGAGUUGGCGGAACUCAUGACUCAAAACGUGGUGACGCUGGCCAUUCGAUACGCGUCGAGAUCCAGACGCGUGGCACUCGCACAACGGCUCAGUCAGGUUGCUCUGGAAAAAGCCAGCCAAAUUCAGGAGGAGCAGGAGGAGCAGGAGGAGACGGAAUACUCCGACAUCAGGCGGACUCCAUCGAGUCAUGACAGUUAUGACCAGAUUGAGGUCAAAGAAAAGCAUCACCGCAGAGAAACACUGGAGGAUGAGCGGAGCCAAGACCUUGAGGAGCAAGAGGACCCACAGACAAUAGAACCUGAAGAUGGAGCCAAAGCCCCAAAGUGUCUAAACCCAUUUGCCAAAGUUCCAGGAUCACCUUCAAAGCAAAUAGCCCCUCUCGGUGAGCAAGCUAGCAGCGUUGGGCGCUCAAACCCUUUCAAGUUUCUUGGUUCUGGGAAAUCCUCUCCUGUGUCUUGUAAUUCUCGUAUGACAAACAUCCUGGACAACAUGACGUCCAGCAGGAAGUCGGCUCCGCUAACUGCAUCUGCAGGGAAGUCGAACAAAAGCCCGGUCCUCAAACCACUCCCCACUCGAGGAAAGACAAAGGCUCAGUCCACUCUCCUGCAGAUGAGUGUAAAGACAGUCAAUAAGAAGACCGAGGAGAGCAUGGAGACCAGAGAUAAUCAACAGAAGCAUGCAGAUCUCCCAACUUCUCCCUCACCAGUCCACAAUGCUGAAACGAAGAGACCAAAAACAGGCUUCCAGUUGUGGUUGGAAGAGAACAGGAAGAACAUCAUAGCAGACCACCCUGACCUGGAAGAAAUGGACAUCAUCAAGGAGGCUAUGGGAAUCUUCAGGAAUCUUUCAGCAGAGGAGCGACUGGCAUUGACUGAGCGAGCAAAAGGCCCGGCUGAUGACGUGAUGGACCUGAAGAAAAGAAAACGAAGUGAACCAGGCGGCAGUGUAGAAAAUGAAAUUGGUCAGGCAGAAGCAAAGGAAAACAAUGCCAAGAAGAAGAAAGCAAUGGAUCCGUCUUCGAAGCUUUCAGCAUUUGCCUUUCACAAGAGCUAAAAUUUGACAGAUCUGUCUUAAUGUGAAACUUUGUAUUUAGUGUUCUUGUUCAGUAAGUUGUGUUCAUUUCUUAAGGCUCUAGUACACUUGUUGACUCGCACUUGGGAUUCCUGUUUUUGUAUUUACUCUGCCACAAAGUGCCAUCAAAAAUGUUUUAAUGCUUCCAUCGCGUGAUCCUGUUUACCAAAAGAAAACAUCAUAGUCCAAUAAAUUCUGGUGAAGUGAGCGCAGUAGCGACUGUAUUUAGUUCGGUGGAUGACAUUUGGAAUAUGGCUGCAAGAGACUGUUUUGUAAGGCUGGUGCUGUUACAUAUCCUUACAAGUUCUCAUAGAUCUCGGUGAAAUGUACAAUUGGCUUUACCUUGAAAAAA